UGUUACCACGCUUCAAAUUGCUGUGUGUUUCUCAUGAUAUUUAAUGGCCAACAUUGUACAUUGCUUCUUGAUAUGAUACAAACAUGCAUUAAAUUCAGUUUUACUUAUAUAGUGCCAAAUCACAACAGUCUCCUCAAGGGCUUCAUAUUCUACACUAAAGAUAUAAUAGAGAGAAAACCCCACGUGUUGUAGUCAGAUCAGCAUCUAAUCUAAUAUAGGACAUAUGCACAAUUAAUUAACCCACCAGAUGCUUCCAUGUGUUUAAAGAACAUUACAAAAUUCCUAAAAACAAACUCAAAAUAUGAACAGAAAUAACGGAUCCCCAAAGAGCAAGCACUUGGUGACAGUGGGAAAGAAAAACCCUCCAUCAGAACCAGGCUGAGGAAGUGGUCGCCAUCUGCUGUAAUGGGUUGCAGGGUAGGAGAGGAACACAGGGCAAAAAACACACUGGAAGAAAUUGGGGUGAUAAGAUACUGUGAGAUCUUACUGUGAGGUUCUAGUUUGUGAGGAUACAGCUUUUAAAUUUGAUUCUGGAUUUAACAGGGAAUCAGUGAAGAGAAGCCAGUAUGGGAGAAAGAUGCGCUCCUUUUCUCUAUCAGUGCUCCCGCUGUAGCAUUUUUAAUUAAAUGAAUUGCAUUCAGCAUUCACAUUUCCUCCAAACAUGCUAAGACAGCACAUAUUAUGCAUGCAUGGGUUUAUUUUUAGAACAAGUGAAUGGGGGGUUGAAAAAUGUAUCGGGAGAUACAGGAGGCUUUUCUGUUACACGUUUGCUUUUGUGCACACAACAAGUCACGCCAAUGCAAAUGAUGCAAACCUAACAGAAACUGUCACCGACGUGUAUAAUUGAUGUGUGCGGCUCUGAUUACCGCAAGCAGCAGCACAGGGAUCUGAAGCGUGCCUCUCAUUGGACGGUAGUGAUGGGGGCGGAUUUACGCUGACGUUGCCCAUACGCGGGAUUAACUUGUUUUCUUUAUAUCGCCAUAUCUGUCACAUUUUACACCGCGUAGCCCGAUCAGCUGCAGAUUGUUAGCGAAAGGUAAGCGUUGUGUUCGUGCAGCCCGACACCGUUGUUCGUGGAGAGGUUGCGGAACAGCGCGGAUGGCUAAAUGAAGAGCAGACGUCGGUAUGAGGGCACUGCGCUGAUGUCCUGUCACACAGAUGGGGGCCGACGGCAGUAAGAACAGGAAGAGGCCUUCCGAAGGGCAGGAGAAUGAGCACUUAUCUUCUGGAUGGCGCGGCUUCCUCUCAAACAUUGGCCUGUCUGUCCCAGCAGGCCUGUGUCGCCUUGCCCCGUCUGCCCUUCAUCUGGGCCAGCGUCGAAUGCUCCAGGGCAAAGCCCCCGAGAUCCCUGACCACGUCUUGAGGCUGGCAGGAGUUGGCCCCCACAAGCUGAGAGCGGAGUGGAGCCUGCCGGGGUUUAUUACCAUGUUCCUCCCCGAAUUCCCCCACAGAACUGUGCCUGGCCACGAACACUUUCAGGUGUUGGGCUACAUCGCCAAAGGUUCAUUUGGACCCAUCCUGAAAGUGAAGGACAAGGUCAAACAGAAGACAUAUGCUGUUAAAGUCAUACCUAAAGCAGAGAUUUUAAGACUCGGGGUUUUGGAGCAGUCAAAGGAAGAAGUUGUAGUCCAGCGUCAGGUGCGCCACCCAUUUGUCCAUGACCUCCAGGACUGCUGGCAGACACAGCGCCACGUCUACAUUAUGUGCGACUACUGCAGCACAGGAGACCUCUACACCUACUGGCAGAUGAUUGGUCAGUUCCCAGAGGACACGGUGCGAGUGUUUGCUGCAGAGUUGGGAUGUGCGCUUGGCUUUCUGCACGAUUUUGGGGUGAUCCACAGAGAUGUGAAGGCUACAGGUUUCCUUUCAUCAGUGUUUCGCAGUAAUCCGAUGGCAGACACGAUGGAAAAUAUCCUGCUGACAGACAAUGGACACAUCCGGCUAGCUGACUUUGGUUUGUCUCGUCGCCUGGAGAGAGGGGGAAGAGCCUUUACCAUCUGUGGAACCAUCCAAUAUAUGGCUCCUGAGGUGCUGAGUGGUGGGCCCUACAACCAUGCAGCUGAUUGGUGGUCACUGGGAAUUCUGCUUUUCUCACUGGCUACUGGGAAGUUCCCCGUGGCUCCUGAACCAGACCACUGCAACAUGUUGAGGAAAGUGAGGAGCUUCCCCUAUGAGAUGCCCCUCAGCCUCAGCUCCCCACUGGCCUUGCUAAUAACAGAGCUUUUAUGCAAGACUCCCUCGCGUCGCUUGAGGACGCUUGAUCGUUUCCAGCGGCAAACCUUCUUCCGCGGAUCAACCUUUGACCUCGACCUACUGCAGCGUCAGCCCAUGGAGGUGAUUCUGGAGCUGCGGGAGAGACCGGACCGAGCGGCCAAAGCUCGACGAGGCCUCACUUUGUCCCUACAGCCUCUCAAAGGCUUCGACUACGACUCGCUCCUCAGCCCACCCGCCACGCCACACUCGCAGCAGGAUCCCAGCGCAAACACUCACACAGCUGUACCGCUGCCUGGCCCAGCACUCCCACUGCAUCCUGCUCAGGAAAAAGGUCCACGCAGAGAAGUGUUUGUUUGACAGACACUGAGUUUACAGUGUAAAGGCACACUUGUGCACAUUUGUUCACCCUUGAAUUGGUGCGCCUUUAAAAAUUUUCUAAACUUUAAAAUUACUGACUUAAUGGAAAUCACCUUUUUUUUUUUUUCUCCACGCAUAUUUCAAUGACUUUUAUGUUUUGUGACGUGCUUAAUACAAGUUAUUCUUCCUUUAUGUGUUUGCCUUUCUCCGCUGCACAGUUUCUUGCACACUUGUUUGCCCAACAGUUGUGCAAGAAAGAUUGCACUAUUGUGCAUCCACUUUCCAGUAAACCAUCAUGGCUGCCGUGUUAAUACAUAGUGGACAAAUGCUGUGAAAUUUACCCCUUGUGGAAAUGUCAUGCUUGCUGAUCAUAAUAUUAUAGAUCAUAAUAUUUUUUUCUUUUAUGUUUUAAGUGUGCAAACCAUAGUUAUCCUUUCAGCUAGGUUAGUUGAUUUCAAAAUCUCUGCUGUUAUUUUCAUGUUGCAAGAUGUUGCAGUUAUUUUAGCAGAAGCGGAUGGAAGACUCGUUGCCUCAAUCUGUGCAACUUUUACUUUGAAACAUAGUCUGUACCUUUGCUCAUGCCACGAUCCGACCUUUCCCCAAACCUGACCUUUGCUACAUCAUCUCCUCGAGCAAGUGACACAGUAUCAGGUUCAAAUGUGUAUGCCUUCAACACCUUAUUUAGCUUCAUCAUUUAUAACCUACGUCUCAGGGGAGCGCUUGGUGGUUUUCCCAUUCAGCCUUGAUUUUUGACUCCAAGAGCUGUACAAAAGUGUGCAGAUCAGAGCUGGGACUGGAACAGCAGUACCGUUUACCUCCACUUAACAUUUUGAUCGAUACAGGGCUUUUUCUACGGUCUGUGGAUGUGGUAAGCCCUUGCCAGUAAUCUCACCUUUAUGCACUUACCUGCUCAUCUGAUUAUAGUGUAAUUUAUUUAUUUAUUUAUUUUUGUAAAGUAUGCCCUAAUGUGUGCCCAGAAUGCCUCGUGUGUGAUCCUUGACCUUUCUUUAUUUCUGGUCACCGAAUGCUGAUGUGUAUAUAUUCCUGUUUAUAAAGUUUAUAUGACUUUUUUUUUAAUACUCUUUGAUGUUUGAUAUGUUAUGUUAUGAUGUAUUUUUGUAAUUGCCAUGUAGCACAGAUGGAAUAUUAAACUCUGACUGUACAAAGUUCUGCUGGUUUGUUCUGUCAGGGUGGAACCUGUUGCAGUUCAAACCAAGCAUCAAAAUGAGGAAGAAAGUUAUUAAAGUGACUUUGAACGUG